AAUUCACAGGUAUCCGUUUUAAAAACGUUCGACAACCCCCCUGUUUUUUCCGUCGCGUAGCUCUUCCUCUGUCUUCUAACGCAUCCCACGCUUCUCUGCUUUGCUUUCCUGCUUUCUAAGACUUAAUCUCUGUUCGCACCGUCUUGACCGUUUUACCCUCCAAAAGGUCUGUAAUUCCCUUUCUUACCACUUCAAACAAAAAAAUCCUGUAAAAUUCGAAUAUUUGCUAUAUAAAUUCAAGUUUAAUGUUCGUAGAGCUCAAAUCAGGACGGAAAACAGCUCACGUUUGAAGGUUUUUUACUUUUCGAGGCAAUGUCGGUUGUUAUUAAGCUUAAGUCAUCACCAAAAUCGGUGAUGGAAACGCGGGCGAUUCUCGGUCCCACCGGGAACAGAGUUAGGGUUUCGGAUGAGUUAAAGAGAAAAACCGAAGCUCUAAAAAAGCCGCAAGGACCGAAAAUUCCAGUCCCCCAGAGCCCACAGUCCGUUGUUCAAAGCAAUGUCUCCGUCGACAGUUCCUGUUCCUCUGACUCUUCUUAUAGCAAUUCCUCCGUCAAAACGGUAAGCUCUAGGAAAACCGUCAAGCGCAACGGAGUGAAGCCAGUCAAAGCCAAGGUUGCUCCAACAGCUGACGAGGUUGUCACCGACAUAUCUCCGGUAAUAUCGGAACCGUUAAAACGAUGUGAUUGGAUCACACAGUUUUCUGACCCUUUGUAUUCUUCUUUCCAUGACGAAGAGUGGGGUGUUCCAAUUCAUGAUGACAGGAAGCUGUUUGAGCUACUGGUCUUUUCACAAGCCUUAGCUGAACUCAGCUGGCCAGCAAUUCUCAAUAAGAGAGACACAUUCAGGAAGCUUUUCGACAAUUUUGAUCCAUCAUCAAUUGCACAGUUUAGUGAGAAGAAGAUGCUGUCAUUGAAAGUUGAUGGUAGCCUAUUGCUUUCUGAACCAAAGCUUCGUGCAGUAGUGGAGAAUGCUAAGCAGAUGCUUAAGGUUCAGCAGGAAUUUGGUUCUUUCAGUAGCUAUUGCUGGGGAUUUGUAAACCACAAACCAUUAAGAAAUGGAUUCCGUUAUGUGCGUCAAGUACCAAUUAAGACCCCAAAGGCUGAACUCGUGAGCAAGGAUAUGAGGCAGAGAGGCUUCCGUUGUGUGGGACCUACUGUUGUUUAUUCAUUCAUGCAAGUGGUAGGAAUUGUUAAUGAUCAUCUUGUAACUUGCUUCAGAUACCAAGAAUGCAAUGCAAAUGUCAAAAAGGAUAUAAAACCAAAGAUUGACGAAAUAGAAGGGCUAACUAAAGAUGUGGAGAACACAUGCUUAUCUCGCUAGCGAAUGCCUGAGUCACAUACCUUAUUCUUCGCUAAUCACACAGAUCUUAGUAACAAGAAGAUUGUAGCAGGAGAAUGAAGGCCAGAUGUUCUGAAACAUGGGUCAGUAUUUCCCUCGCCAUAUGGUAUUGCAGAAUCUUUCUUCAUCCUCCUUGUAUCAUCUAGCUAACCAGUAAGUUUUUGUACAAUGAAGGAUUCUUUUCUGAUGUUGUCUGUUACUAAAUGCUAAUGCUCCCGUAAAAACCUAUGUGUGCCUUGUCAUCUCAGUAGUCUUUGUAGAGUUUUUGUAACAUUACCUUAAACCUGCUGUUCUUAUCAUUUAGUUACGGUAAUAAAGUUCGAUCGUUUAUAUAAAUUCAUUUUAGUUGAGUUAUUUUCUUGCCAAUUGUGUAGUUUCAGUAUUUUUUUGAACAAUUGAAUCGAAUGAUAUCUGGUUAUGUGAAUACUGGUAAGUAAUAAUGAUUGAAAGCAUCCGAAUUCACAUACAAGAUAAUUAGACAAAUGAUAUGAUGACCGACAGAAAGCUACAUGGUCGAUGGCCCAACCCCCGGAUGGACACAAAAUGGAAGGUUAGAGUCUCUAUCAAUUGAAGAGAUAUGGAUAAGACUAGACCAUUCCAAUCACACAAUGGAGACUGGUCUUGCAGUUCAGCUCUGCAAUCUAAAUUCGUUAAUAUUUUUUUCCAUUAUGAGAUGUGCAUUAUUACUAAGAUUAUUUUGAGUAAACGUGGGGUUUGUCGGAGGCAAUCCCCACUCUAGAGGCAGCCAACUCUUGGGUAAAAAUUAAUCUUGGUGGUGGCCCAGAGGUCAUCUAAAUGUGGUCAUCUAAAUGUGCUCAUCAGCUAGUAAAUAUAGAUGGUAGGGAUAAAUCGAGCAAUAAAUUUUCUAUUUACAUCUCCAUUUGCCUCUUUGUUAGGAUUAACUUUGAUUGGGUGAUUGGCUACAUGAAGAAAGAAGCCUCAAUCAUGAAUAUAAAAAUAAAAAAUCUUACCAACAUGAUCAUAAUUCAUACAUCCAUUGACAGUACAAACCACUGGAAUAAUUCCAUUCUGUGAGGUUUAACCCAAGCCUACAAAGCCUAAAGGAAAGAUAAAACAACUCCAUAAUGCUUGUAAAAGCAACCCAAUUCCCUAACAAUUCAACAAGGGAAUGUAAGCAUAAACUAACUGAAAAAAAAAAAAAAAAAAAA